CACAAUGUCACCGCCAUGGUCGGAGCUGGUGUUCUCGGCCUUCCAUACGCCAUGUCUGAACUCGGAUGGGGUCCUGGGAUUACAGUAAUGAUUCUAUCAUGGGUGAUUACACUCUACACCUUAUGGCAAAUGGUGGAGAUGCAUGAAUGUGUUCCAGGGAAACGAUUCGAUCGUUACCAUGAACUCGGUCAGGAAGCCUUCGGCAAGAAGCUCGGACUCUGGGUGGUGGUUCCACAGCAACUCACCGUCGAAGUCGGUGUCAACAUCGUUUACAUGGUCACCGGCGGCAAAUCCCUUAAGAAAGCCGUCGACACUUUAUCCCCUCACGGCGGUCCACCCAUCAAAACCACCUAUUACAUCAUGAUGUUCGCCGCCGUCCAAUUCUUCCUCUCCCACCUCCCCAACUUCAACUCCAUCACCGGCAUCUCCUUUCUUGCCGCCGUUAUGUCAUUCAGUUAUUCUACAGUAGCUUGGAUGGCUUCUGUGCAAAAAGGGGUUCAACCUGAUAUCAAGUACACUCCAAGGGCUUCAACAACCAUAGGACAAACGUUCGGGUUCUUGAGUGCGUUAGGUGAUGUCGCCUUUGCGUUUGCUGGCCAUAACGUCGUGUUGGAGAUCCAAGCAACGAUCCCUUCAACACCCGAAAGCCCUUCCAAGAAACCCAUGUGGAGAGGGGUUGUUUUCGCGUAUAUCGUGGUGGCGUUGUGUUAUUUCCCUGUCGCGAUGAUCGGGUACUGGACUUUUGGGGAUUCUGUUGAAGAUAAUAUUAUGAUUUCACUCGAACGCCCUGCAAUUCUUAUUGCGAUUGCAAACAUGUUUGUGGUUAUUCAUGUCAUCGGAAGCUAUCAGGUUUUUGCGAUGCCGGUAUUUGAUAUGGUGGAGUAUUUUCUGGUGGGAAAGAUGAAAUUCAAACCGACUAAAUUCCUUCGAUUCGUGGCGAGAACGUCUUACGUUGCCUUGACAAUGUUCCUUGCUAUUACCUUCCCAUUUUUUGGAGGGCUUUUGAGUUUCUUUGGAGGCUUUGCUUUUGCUCCCACUACAUACUUUCUUCCUUGUAUCAUGUGGCUAGCCAUAAAGAAACCCAAGAAGUUUGGUCUUUCUUGGUUCAUAAAUUGGAUGUGUAUAAUCAUUGGGGUGUUGUUGAUGUGUUUAGCUCCAAUUGGUGCAAUGCGACAAAUCAUAUUGCAAGCCAAGGACUACAGAUUUUACUCUUAG